UAUCUUAUCCACAGCUUUUUGAGUUGUCUGAUAACUCAUCCACAUUCCAAGUCAUCUUCUUCAACCUCUCUUCACAUCUCUCUUUCUCUCUGACCCUUGAGCUGAAAAAACAAAACAAAGAAUCUCACAGUACAGAAUCAUCAUGUCUAUAGCAUCAACAGUACCUUGUAUCAAACUCUCUUCAUCAUCCUGUUCCUCAACAACAUCUUCAAAUUCAUCCUCAUCAACAACUUCUUCUACUUUCAGAUUAUUUACUCAUACUAAACCAUUUACAAUAAGGUGUUCUAAUGCUGAUGGACCUCUUAGAAGACCAUCAUCUCCUUCAUUGAAAGAACCAACUCCUCCUAUGAAACCCAUUGCUCCUAAUUCUCCACCAUCUCUAUCUCCAUCUCCAUCUCUGUCUCCUUCUCCUCCUGUGUCUAAACCAACUGUUGCUACUGGGGUUUCAUCAUCUCAGAAUGUUGUUACUAUGGAAUUUCAGAGGAAAAUGGCUAUUGAACUUCAAGAAUAUUUUCGUAAAAAGAAACUUGAAGAAGCUAGUCAAGGACCCUUCUUUGGAUGGGUUGCCAAGAAUGAAAUUGGGAAUGGAAGAUGGGCAAUGUUUGGUUUCGCUGUCGGGUUACUAACAGAGUAUGCAACUGGUACCGAUUUUGUUGAUCAAAUGAAGAUCCUUCUGUCCAAUUUUGGAAUAGUAGACCUGGAUUGAUAUGCAUGGUUCUCCAUUGCUGUAAUUGUUGUAGUUAUAUCCAAUAUUUUUCUUCCUUCUAUAUGGACAUCAUUUAUACUGUGGUGAUAUGAGAUAUCUAUUUGUUUUCCAUAUACUUGCUUAACUUGUCAACUCAUCUUAAAUUGUACUCCAAAUUUGCUUCAGUUUUCCAUACUCAAAUGCAGAAAAUUUUGUUUGGUGUGUU